AUGUUAUCAAAUACAUCAAGAGGACAAUAAUAAAAUCAAUUUUCAAAGACUUAAACUCAAACUCUUAUUCCUCUUUCAGAAUUAAAUCAUAUAAGGGGAAAACUUAAAGGUGGUAAUUUAGCUACAGAAGAACGAUUACUUGAUAAAAUGAGAAUGUAUAACUUUUUUAAUUUUUAGGAAGGCAAAUUCAGAAGAAAGGAUGAAACGUUGGCCAACUACUAUAGCUGCCUAUAAAUAAAAAAGAGAUUAACAUAGAUUUGAAAAAUUUGCAGCAGCAGAAGAAGACAGAAGAUAAAUUGAUAUUGAAGAAGAGAUUUUUUAAAAAGAACAGAAGAAAAUUACAUUAGAAAAAGCAAACAAAUAAAUUUAUGAAGACAGUGAUAGGGUUAAAGCCUUUCAUGGAAAAAUGCUUUUUUCAGAUGUAUUAUAGGAAAGAGAUGAAUAAAUUAUAAUGGAAAAAUAUAAGAAGGAGCUUCUUAAAUAAUAAGAAGAGAUUUAUUAAUAAAUUUUAGAAGAACAACUAGAUGAAUAUGAUUAAAAAUAAAUUGUAAAAUAGAAACAUCAAUAAUAAAAGAAAAAAGAAUAAAAGGAUAUGUUGCAUAAGUAUUAUUACAUUAUAUAUUAAUAGAUAACAUGAAGAAAUGAAAGAAAAAUAUCUAACUAAAUUAAAAGAAGAGAGAAUUGAAGGAGAGUUAAUUAAAUAAAAAGUUAAAGAUGCUUUAGAAGAAGAUUAAAAAAUACAAAGAUUAAAAUAAGAAAAGAUUUUAGAGAAUUAAAGAUUAGUUUAAUUGGCAAAUGAUUAAUUAAAAGAUUUUAAAGUUUAAUAAAAAAUAAAAGAGAAAGAAUAAGAUGAAAAGAUAAGAUUGCAUGCAGAAAAGAAAUAAAGAAUAGCUGAAAUGAGAAAAGUUAGAGAAGAUUUAAAAUUUCAUGAAAAAUAGGAGUAGAGAUAAAAACUAAUUGACCGAUAAAUAUAAUAAUUAGAGAUAGUGAAAAAAGCAUAAGAAGAACAUUUGAAUAAAUAAAUUAUUGAAGCUUAAGUGAAGGCUGAAGAAGUAGAAAAAAUUAAAAAGCAGAAGAAAGAGCAAAUGUUUAAAGUAAUAGAGUAUAGUAGAAAAAUUAAGGAUGAAGUAAAAGAAAAAGAAUCAAGAUGUAUUUUGUUUUAUUAUCAAAUUAAGCUGUUGAUUAUCAUAAAAAAGAAUUUUAGACUUAUUGGGAAAAAAGAGGAAAAGAAUUAGAAGAAAUAGAAAGAGCAGAAACUACAGCUUAAAGAGAAAGAAGAGUUUAAAAUGCAAGAUUUUAAUAAAAUUAAAUAGAUGAAAAGAAGGUAGUUUAACUAAUAUAAAUGUUUUAAGGUUUAAAGAGAAAAAGAAUAUAUUGAACAAUUAGAUUAACAAGAAGAGAAAUAGAGAAAGAUAGAGAAGGAAGAUGAAAUUUUUAUGGUUUGGGCAAGUUAAAAGAUAUAAGAAUAAUAGAAAGAAGGAAGGAAUAUUUUGCCAUUAAUAAAAGAACUAAAAAAUUUAAGCAAAGUCCAAUGA